AUGGGGAGGAGCAAAGCAAAGAGGCACAGCAAGUUGAUGCACUUUAUAUUAUCACCCGUUAGGAUACUAAUGAAGGCCGCAGAGUUUUACGUGAAAAGCAUGGACGAUUGUGCUGGAAGGGUGGGAUAUGGUGGUGCUGUUGGCUACCCUGCUGUGCACGUUACACGCCUGCCUAAAAGCUUUAGUGUCAAUUCGUCGAAGGGUAGCGAUGAUGAGAAUGUGAGUCAGAUUUCGAGAACGGUUUCAAAGAAAAGUUUGGAAAAUAAGGUGAUGAGCUUUGAUAUGCAGAGGCAGCAAGAGAUCAGAAUGUCCACUAUGGGUGCCGGUACUGGAAAUGGAAUGGGGAUCAGGAGUUACAGUGUUGGGUUGGGAAAGAUUGGGAGAAUUGAUGAGGACCAGCCUUGUUGUUUUGAUGAAGAUGGUGUUAUUGUUAAGGCGGACUUGUACCCAAGAAGUAGAAGUUAUGCUGUUAAGAGGAAUAUUGGUGUGUAUCGCCAGGGUGGAUUAGUUAGAUACUAA